GGACAGUUGACAACACCGAUUGAUCCAAACUAUUAAUCUGCUAAUGUUUCUGACUCUGGUAAGAUCUACGGCAUUCACGGUCUUGAUUUGUAGAAGAUAAAUAGUUUCAUGUAGCGUCGCCCCAUAUUAUCACCCAACGCUGGGCAACCAGGACCCGGAGGCAAUUAACGGCCCGGUGCCCGUUAUCGUCAAGCCUUUGCAAGAUCCAUCCGUCAAUCCGUCCCGCAUUUUGAACGUUCCGAUUUCCCAAAACCAUUCAUCUGCUAAUGUUUCUGACUCUGGUAAGAUCUACGACGUUCACGGUCUUGAUUUGUAGAAGAUAAAUAGUUUGAUGCAGCGUCGCCCCAUAUUAUCACCCAACGCUGAGCAACCAGGACCCGGGGGCAAUUUACGGCCCGGUGCACGUUAUCGCCAAGCCUUUGCAAGAUCCAUCCCUCGACCCCUCCUGCAUUUUGAGCGUUCUGAUUCCCAAAUGGCGCGAUUUACUCGCCUUCAACGUCCCCUAGUCUGUGAUCUUGCAGUAGCUGACUAGCAACAAAAGGUGGAGACUGAGCAGGAGCUUUCUCCAUCAGGGUUCUACCAUGGCGGCCAAAGCAGGCUGUGCGACUCUCCCGAAAUCGGGAGCCAUUUCGAAAGGCUACAACUUCGCUUCUACUUGGGAACAGAAUACUCCAUUAACGGAGCAACAACAAGCAGCAAUAGCGGCGUUGUCUCAUGCGGUUGCUGAGCGACCAUUUCCGCCCAAUUUGUCUCAGGAGUCUAUCUCAGGCCAGGAUAGUCAUGCAUUAUCUGUUUCAGUCAAGGGCAAUGCUUGGGAAGAAUCACAGCCGGUUUUGGUGAACACAAAUCAGUUUUACAAAUGGUUUUCAGACCUUGAAUCAGCCAUGAAGUCAGAGACAGAAGAGAAGUAUCAGCACUAUGUAAGCACUUUAAUGGAGCACAUACAGACAUGCGAUGAUAUACUUCAGUGGGUGGAAGUCACUCUUGACUUAUUUAAUGACCUACAGCUGCAGCAUCAAGCAGUAGCAACUAAGACGAAAACUCUUCAUGAUGCAUGUGACCGACUGUUAAUAGAGAAGCAAAGACUGAUUGAGUUUGCAGAAGCACUUCGCAAUAAGCUCAACUACUUCGAUGAAUUGGAGAAUUUUGCUACUAAUUUUUACUCUCCAAACAUGAAUGUUGGAAAUGGGAACUUUUUCCCUUUGCUUAAGAGGCUGGAUGAGUGCAUAUCGUAUGUUGAGAGCAAUCCUCAGUAUGCAGAAUCAAGUGUCUACUUGGUCAAAUUUCAGCAACUCCAGUCUCGAGUCUUGGGUAUGAUUCGUUCUCAUGUACUUUCUGUUCUCAAGAGUGCAUCUUCUCAGGUCCAGGCAGUUGUCAGGAAUAGCAGCAGCAGCAAGGCAGCUGUUUCUGAGGGAGUAGAGGCCUCUGCCAUUUAUGUCCGCUUCAAGGCUGCAGCAAGUGAGCUUAAGCCAGUGCUGGAGGAACUUGAAGGAAGAUCAUCAAGGAAAGAAUAUGCUCAGAUUCUUGCAGAAUGCCACAGACUUUACUGUGAACAGCGGCUUUCCCUAGUUAGAGGCAUAGUGCAUCAACGAAUAUCUGAAUUUGCCAAGAAAGAGGUGUUGCCAUCGUUAACCAGAUCCGGAUGUGCAUACCUUAUGCAGGUUUGUCAACUGGAGCAUCAACUCUUUGAUCAUUUUUUCCCAUCUUCUUCGGAGGAUGUUUCAAGUUUGGCGCAAUUGAUGGAUCCUUUGUGUACUUAUUUGUAUGAUACACUACGCCCGAAAUUUAUUCAUGAAACAAAUCUUGAUUUCCUUUGUGAACUUGUUGAUAUCCUUAAAGUUGAAGUCCUGGGAGAACAGCUCAAUCGGCGUGGUGAAUCAUUGGCUGGGUUACGUCCUACAUUAGAAAGGAUUCUUGCAGAUGUUCAUGAGCGAUUGACUUUCCGUGCUCGAACGCAUAUUCACGAUGAGAUAGCUAAUUAUAUUCCAUCCAAUGAAGACUUGGAUUACCCUGUGAAGCUGGAGCAACCUGCUGAGCCAAUAUCAGAAAAUACUUCUGCAGAUGAAACUCCAGAUGCGUUUAAAACUUGGUACCCACCUUUGGAGAAAACUCUGUCAUGUUUGUCAAAGUUGUAUCGGUGCUUAGAGCCUGCAGUUUUUGCUGGUUUAGCUCAGGAAGCAUUGGAUGUUUGCUCUGUAUCUAUCCAAAAAGCAAGCAAACUCAUUGCAAGGAAAUCAUCACCAAUGGAUGGGCAGCUUUUCCUUAUAAAACAUCUUCUUAUUUUGAGAGAGCAGAUUGCACCAUUUGAUAUAGAAUUUUCGGUGACACACAAGGAACUUGAUUUCUCUCAUUUGCUGGAGCAUCUGAGACGGAUUCUUAGAGGUCAGGCCUCACUAUUUGACUGGUCAAAAUCAACUUCAUUAGCAAGGACCUUAUCUCCUAGAGUCUUGGAAAGCCAGAUAGAUGCUAAAAAGGAACUUGAGAAAGGCCUCAAAACCACUUGUGAGGAGUUCAUUAUGUCGGUGACUAAACUAGUUGUGGAUCCUAUGCUUUCAUUUGCUACCAAGGUGACAGCAGUGAAAGUUGCAUUAUCCUCGGGGGGUCAAAAUCAAAAGCUAGAUUCAGUUAUGUCAAAACCACUCAAGGAUCAAGCUUUUGCUACUCCAGAUAAGGUGGCUGAACUUGUUCAGAAGGUUAAUGCUUCUAUUCAGAAGGAGUUGCCAAUGGUGAUUGCAAAAAUGAAGCUCUAUUUGCAGAAUCCUCCAACUCGAACAAUACUUUUCAAACCGAUAAAGACAAAUAUUCUGGAAGCUCAUGUUCAAGUGCAAUCCCUGAUAAAAUCAGAGUACUCUCCUGAAGAGAUACAAAGCAUCAACAUGGUGUCGAGCCAUGAUCUGCAGGCCCAACUUGACCACCUCGUGUAAGGAGCUUGUGAAGCCUAUGGAAUCCUUGCAUUAUGAGACUCUUUAUAUUUUUAACGAUUCAAUCAUUUUGAAGGGGCUUGUUUUUGUCACCAUAACUUGAAAUCAUCAGAGGUAGCACUAAAUUAUGCUUAUAGAAAGCAAAAUGGAACGUAAAAUUCUUUCUUUCUUUCUUUCUCCUUCACCCAGUUGGAUAUGGGAUCGAGUCUUUUUCUAUUUUUGGGUGGGAUGGGGUUGGUCUCUGUACAACCAAAAGUUUUAUCAUGAUCUGUCAUUUCAAUUGUUAGAUCAAUUCUUUUAUUAAUAGAAAAAAAAAAAAAGGAACAAAAGUCACAUCAA